AUGUUUGGGACAUUCUCUACUUCCAGCUCACCCGCUCCGUCGAGAAAACCUAAGCGCAGCCAGGUAUCAAAGGCCUGUGAUUCAUGCCGACUGCAUCGCGUCAAAUGCGACACCCAAUACCCAUGUCAGAAUUGCUCUAGCAAAGGUUUGCGAUGCAAUAGCACGACGCGGCAGAACCCAGGAUGGAGUCUUUCUCGUGCUAUGAGUGAGAUCGAGGGGUUGAAAGCACGAGUGAAAGAGCUUGAGGGACAGAUCAAAGAUACAAGUAUCCCAACACCACCAGAUGAGGAUAUUCCGGAACUCAUAUCGAACGAUCCGUCUCAAAGCUUCUCAUACGCCAACGAGGGAGUUCAACUCGACACCACGACAGCCAUCCAAUCAGCGGCCACCGGCACUCAGUUCUACGGGCCUUCAUCUACGUACUAUUUUAUCCAUUGUAUCAGCCAGCGUCUCAAAGCAGCUGGUUGCAGCCUGAGUAGCGAUGAGGAGGCUCACAGCUUGAUACCCAACUCGGCAAGUAGAUCUAUGGGCAACGUCAUCAAUACUCCCGAUGCCGGGUUAGAAGGACAUCAACCCUCAGAUAGCACCGUGCCAGCCAGAGCGACACACGGAUUGACUGAGAGGACUCUGUCCGGGAAAGACUUGUCGGCAACUCAAGAAGCCUUCUUCCUCGACCUCUUUUGGGACUCAUGGCAUUGCUGUUACCAGCUUCUGGACGAGGCAGAUUUCAAGGCACAUUACACAUCACUGUGGGAUGAGCCUAUAGGUGACACGAGACAGGACUCACCUCUUGUCGAUAUUGUAUUGGCUCUCUGUAUGCAGUUCGGUGUCACAUCGCUACCUCGUCGUAGUGGCUACAAGGCAGAGAUCAACUCUCGGGACGCAGCUGUUGCCGGCCGCUGGUUGUAUCAGCGGUGCCAACGACUGAUAUCGUAUGACCUGGAGAGGCCUACACUCGAGACUUUUCACUGUCAACUAUGGUCUGCGAUAUAUCUUGCCAAUGCUUCUUAUCAGAACAUGGCUCAAAAUAUGGCGGGGAUUGCAGCGCGCACGGCAUAUACAUUGGGACUGCAUAUCGAGCCAGGGAACGAUCUACCCGUCAAAGAGAGAGAAGCACGAAAGCGGGCUUGGUGUAUCAUGUUCAUGUUUGAGACAAGAUCAUGUAUCCGAUUAGGUCGGCCUUGGGUCACCCAAACACAGCCGAUUUCACCAUUGUUGCCUACACGCGACCAAGGCCAUAUUACGACUGGCGUUGAUCACCUGAGAUACACCACAGAGAGAUCUAAGCUCACCGAGAUAGCCCGAUCAGCCUUCGAUACUGUGUUUCACCACCGAUCGAGCGGGGAAGCUACCAGAACGACUUCUAAUAGUCAAUCACGAGUGUUUGCUUCUGGUAUGGAUAGAAUACGCGCUUGGGCGGAAUCGCUGCCUGAUAUGCUGAAGACAGAGAGACAGAGUGGUGGGAAGUCUCUUUCCACUGACCUCUCCGAGAUCGAUAUUGAACCAUUUGCGCCCAUUUCUCUGCGAAGACAGCGCUUGAUGCUUGAGCUGUUCUAUCACGAACUAAUACUGACGCUCGGACGGCAUUGCAUAAGCCAAUACUUGACUCGAUCUGGGAGCAACAGGACCUCUUCAGAUCAUGAAGUCGCAGAUGUCUCAGCUUUACACGCAUGCGCAACGACGAAACUUCUACAUCAGGUUUACCAAGAAUAUGAUAUUUUGAACGGAUGUCGGAUAUCUCCUAGCAUGUCCCCAGGACAGUCUCACUGCUACAAUCGCCCGCACGGCUCUGUCGCAAAGUAUCACGGUGCUGGAAAAGAUGGGGGAGUUCUUUGGAACUGCUUCAAGUGCGGCUAG